AUGGUCACAAGAGGACAGGCCGAUCAAUUCUGCAUCUAUCGCCAAGAUGGCAAUCAGGACAUCCCAGUGCUCGCUAUUGAUUGUUCUCCUACAUGGUUGCCAGGGGAGUCCGGUAUGGCUAUGCAUGCACUGGAGAAGCCUUUAUUUUUCUACGCAUUCUUGACAAUCCAUCAUCCGUCAUGUGUUCCGUCUGUACUCCCGGCCUAG